AUGGGCAUCCUAUCAAAUCUUCUUACACAAUACUCUGGCGGAGACGACAAGGCCAAAGCCGAACAGGCAAGCCCAUCCGUGCCACAGUCACAACAACAGCAACCUCCUCUUUCACAAGCUAUUAGCCANACCCCGAGCCAAAGUCCGAAACAGAAUGGCCUCCUCUCAGUGGACGAUGAGCUCCGAGAAAAGAUGCGCACCAAUCCCAGAGCACGCGCAGUCAGACAGCUAUCGCUCUUCUUCGCCGGCGCCACCUUCUUUGGACUGAGUCUUUUNGUCACGCGCAGAGCCGUCGCCCGGAAAUUGCUUGCCGAUGCUCCCAGACAGUUCACUCCUUCCAACUACAGACCCACGAACGUCAACGGCGGCGUUGAAGCUGCACAAGCCUUUGUUCUCGCUACUGCGAAUGUCACCAGUGCAGGCAUGAUGGCCACUGGCUUCAUGAUGUAUGCCUUGGACGUUACCGACACCGAGGACAUGCGCGCCAAAUUUAGAAAAGCCUGGGGCUUCGAGCGUACCGCCUUGGAAGAGGCUGAGCAAGAUGAGGAGAUGGAGAAGAUGGUCAAAGAGUUCUUGGACAAGAAAGAAGGCGGCGACAACAAGGGCAUGGCUGAAGGUCUUGCUGGUCUCGUCGCUGCAAUGGCCGCGAAGGAGGAAGAGAGACUCGCCAAAGUGCAGAAGUCCGAGGAGAACAACUGA